AUGAUUGGUUGUGUAAUGCAUGAAUUGGUUAAGGUCAGUCAUGCUAACUUGGUCGGAGAGGUCAUCAGAAUUGAUGGAGACAAAGCAACCAUCCAAGUUUACGAAGAGACAGCUGGUGUUACCGUUGGUGACCCGGUAUUAAGAACUGGUCAACCUUUAUCUGUAGAGCUGGGACCUGGUCUGAUGGAAACUAUCUACGAUGGUAUUCAACGUCCCUUGAAAACUAUUCAAGAACUUUCAGAAUCUAUCUAUAUUCCAAGAGGUAUUGAUACUCCUGCUUUGUCAAGAGAGGUUAGUUUUGAUUUCAACCCAGGUAAAUUGCAAGUCGGUGAUCAUAUCUCUGGUGGUGACAUUUUUGGUUCCAUCUUUGAAAACUCAUUGCUUUCCGAUCACAAGAUCUUGUUACCCCCAAGAGCAAGAGGUACCAUUACCAGCAUUGCCGAAGCAGGUUCCUAUCAUGUAGAUGACAAGAUUUUGGAUGUCGAGUUUGAAGGAAAGACUUACUCGUAUUCUAUGAUGCACAAGUGGCCUGUCCGUGUACCUAGACCUGUUGCCGAAAAGCUGAAUUCCGAUUAUCCCUUGUUGACAGGUCAGAGAGUUUUGGAUGCUCUUUUCCCUUGUGUUCAGGGUGGUACGACUUGUAUUCCAGGUGCUUUCGGUUGUGGUAAGACUGUCAUUUCCCAAUCGCUGUCCAAAUACUCCAAUUCUGACGUUAUUAUCUACACUGGUUGUGGUGAAAGAGGUAAUGAGAUGGCUGAAGUUUUGAUGGAGUUCCCAGAGUUAUUCACUGAGAUUUCUGGUAAGAAAGAACCUAUUAUGAAGCGUACUACAUUGGUUGCUAACACUUCCAACAUGCCUGUCGCUGCCAGAGAGGCUUCUAUCUAUACUGGUAUCACUGUAGCCGAGUACUUUAGAGAUCAAGGUAAGAACGUUUCCAUGAUUGCUGAUUCCUCUUCUAGAUGGGCUGAAGCUCUUAGAGAAAUCUCGGGACGUCUAGGAGAAAUGCCUGCUGAUCAAGGUUUCCCAGCCUACUUAGGUGCUAAAUUAGCCUCCUUCUACGAAAGAGCCGGUAAAGCAGUGGCUCUUGGAUCUCCAGAAAGAGUUGGAUCUGUUUCCAUCGUCGCAGCUGUGUCACCUGCUGGUGGUGAUUUCUCUGACCCUGUUACCACAGCCACCCUAGGUAUCACUCAAGUAUUCUGGGGUUUGGAUAAGAAAUUGGCACAAAGAAAGCAUUUCCCCAGUAUCAACACCUCCGUUUCUUACUCCAAGUACACCAACGUUUUAAAUAAAUACUACGAUGGAAGCUACCCUGAGUUCCCAGGUCUGAGAGAUAAAAUCAGAGAGAUCCUGUCCAAUGCUGAGGAGUUAGAGCAGGUUGUCCAAUUGGUUGGUAAGUCUGCUCUUUCAGAUGGUGAUAAGAUCACGUUAGAUGUCGCCAAUUUAAUCAAGGAGGACUUCUUACAACAGAACGGUUACUCCACAUACGACGCUUUCUGCCCUAUCUGGAAGACAUUCUACAUGAUGAGAGCCUUCGUCGCUUACUACGACGAAGCUCAAAAGUCUGUUGCUAAUGGAGCUCAAUGGUCCAAACUUAGCGAAAGAACCAGUGACGUCAAGCAUGCUGUCUCAUCUUGUAAGUUUUUUGAGCCUUCAAGAGGUGAAGAAGAGGGAAAGGCUGAGUUCGAAAAGCUGUUGUCCUCGAUCGCUGAAAAGUUCUCUGAGGCUGCUGAAUGA